CGGGGAUUUCAGGCCGGACCGGAAGAGAAGCGGCGACAACCGAAACAGAGCUAACAAACGAUGGCUGCAAUCAGGAAGAAGCUGGUGAUAGUGGGAGACGGAGCGUGUGGGAAGACCUGCCUGCUGAUCGUCUUCAGUAAAGACCAGUUCCCAGAGGUCUAUGUGCCCACUGUGUUCGAGAACUAUGUGGCUGACAUCGAGGUCGACGGCAAACAGGUGGAGUUAGCGUUAUGGGACACAGCAGGACAGGAGGACUAUGACAGACUGAGACCUCUCUCCUACCCCGACACUGACGUUAUACUCAUGUGCUUCUCUGUCGACAGCCCAGAUAGCUUAGAGAACAUUCCAGAGAAGUGGACUCCGGAGGUGAAACACUUCUGUCCUAAUGUUCCCAUCAUCCUCGUGGGCAACAAGAAGGACCUGAGGAACGACGAACACACACGCAGGGAGUUGGCCAAGAUGAAACAGGAGCCAGUGAAGUCGGAGGAGGGCAGAGACAUGGCUAACCGGAUCAGUGCCUACGGCUGCCAGGAGUGCUCAGCUAAGACCAAGGAUGGAGUCAGGGAGGUGUUUGAGAUGGCCACCAGGGCGGCGCUACAGGCCAAGAGACGUGGAAAGAAGAACGCCUGUAUGCUGUUAUAGACCCCAGCGAGAAGUUGAUACUGAUCUUGGACCAGUUUUACCCUCCCAAAAUAUAGUUGUAAUCAUUAAAGGGAUAGUGUGACAUUUUGACAAUGACUGGAGGUCUGACAGGGUUCCCCAACUGGUGCCUCGAUUUUAUUUACCCCCACCCCCCCCACACAAUUUUUCUGAGCAAAAAUUAAAUACAAGUUUACGUUAUUUUAUUGUUGGACAUAAAGACUGUUAAAAACACCUGCAAAUCAGUUCCAAGUGAUUUUGAUUUUGGAAAUCUAUACCAAAGUAUUCUCACUCAUAAUAGAGAGAUAUAUGUGAUUGUAUUCAAAUGUAAGCCAGGUUUGAAAUUAUUGUUUAGUCAGUGUGUGUAUAUAUAUCUGUUUGGGAUUCUUGCG